ACCACAAGGCGCCAUAUUAGAUCCUGUACGAACUCAAGGAAGUGGAGCGGUUCUUCAGACGACCGCUGGCCAGGGCACGGCAGUCAGUGGUGUGCGCUCUCCGUCGUGCUUGAGGCAACUCCUCUCCUACAAAUGACUUCUUUGAGCCAGAGGAGUUCAGGCCUCGUGCAGAGGCGCACGGAAGCCUCGCGCAGCGCCGCCGACAAAGAGCGCGAGGUGGGCCGGGAGGAACAGGAGCCCCCGCGGGGAGAGGAGCCGGAGCUGGACGACAGCGGAGACUCCAAAGAAACGCGGCUCACCCUGAUGGAGGAAGUGCUGUUGUUAGGACUGAAGGACCGAGAGGGCUACACAUCAUUCUGGAAUGACUGUAUAUCGUCAGGCUUGCGGGGGUGCAUGCUGAUUGAAUUGGCCCUACGAGGACGCCUUCAGCUGGAACCGUGUGGCGUAAGGAGGAAAGGUCUGCUGGCCAGAAAGGUGCUUUGUAAGUCAGAUGCUCCAACAGGCGAUGUGCUUCUGGAUGAGGCUCUAAAACACAUCAAAGAGACCCAACCCCCAGAAAGUGUGCAGAACUGGAUUGAACUGCUGAGUGGAGAGACGUGGAACCCACUGAAGCUCCAUUAUCAGCUGAGGAAUGUCCGUGAACGGCUGGCUAAGAACCUGGUGGAAAAAGGCGUCCUCACAACAGAGAAACAGAACUUUUUGCUUUUUGAUAUGACCACACAUCCGCUGACCAACAACAACAUCAAGCAGCGUCUCAUCAAGAAGGUCCAGGAAGCUGUUCUAGACAAGUGGGUGAAUGACCCUCACCGAAUGGACAAGCGGUUGCUUGCUCUUAUAUUCUUAGCCCAGUCGUCUGACGUUUUGGAAAAUGCCUUUGCCCCGCUGUUAGACGACCAUUACGACCUGGCCAUGAAAAGAGUGCGGCAGCUCCUAGAACUUGACCCCGAGGCAGAGAGCAUGAAGGCCAACACUAAUGAGAUGUUAUGGGCUGUGGUUGCUGCUUUCACUAAAUGAGACUAAAGAGCACUGAACCCAGCCUCUGGUGGUACUUCAUGUACUUUUAGGAACAAACUGGAGCACUAAUAUCAAGACGAGAGCUUAACUGCUGGUGUUGACUGAACUUUAGGAGAUUCACUCUUAAUGGCAUUUUCUUUUCAUUUUCUUCCAGAUAACAGUUCUCUUGGACCAAUAGCAGCCCAGUUUUUGCUCCAAAUCUUAUUCCAGUUAUUACUUUGCUAAAGAUCUGAACUCAGAAUGGUUUAUGAAAUUACAAAUAGGCCAAAAAUCAAGAUGUUGACAAAUACUUAGUAUGUUUUUCUGUGAUUACUAGAAUGUCAAUUGAACAGUUUGACAUAUGAGAGGGUAAAGUGACCAUGUUGAUGAGGAUGGACAAACCCAUGUGGGUUUUGCAAAGAAGUUGUUUGAUAAUGCUGACAAGACCAAAUGCCAAUGAUCUGCUAGUAAAUGCAAUGGCCGUGUUUUCACUGUUCAUAUCAAGAGUAAGAAAGAAGACGAUGUGGCAAGAUCCAAACUCUGAGUCCUGUCCUUAUCUCAGUGUGCUGCCAUUAACAAGUUCAUUCAUGUUUGCAUUGGCCCAACCAAGCCAGUGCAAUAAAUGUUGCUGCUUCUCUUAUUCAGGGUCAGGAGGACCCGAGGAGAUCGUUUCAAGCUCACUUAUUUCUGUCAUGGGAACUUUACAAAUCAGAAUCUUAAGUCUGUCUGAAGUAUUUGCCAUUUUCACACAUUGCCUAAAAUGACAGUGGCACAGUACGGUUGGUCUGCAGUCAGCAGAAACGUACAGAACCAUCUGGAUCUUCUGGCUGUAGAAGGCAGACUGUUCCAGUGUUCUCAGCUUACAAAGGUCCCAUCCUAAUAUCCUGUGGACGAAUGAAUUCCUAAUGAUGUCCUUAGGCCUGGACCGGGUUCAACUAAUCUUUCAAGUCCUGCUAUCUCUGAAGCCUAGCUCUAUAUCUGGACAGGAAGAGGUCCAGUUGAUGCUGAGCACACUUCACCUGCAUAAAUUGAGCAGGGCUCCCAACAUAAGACAGCUAAACGGCUUUGUUUCUGUGGGGUUAGGUAGGUUUAAACGUACUAGUCGGGUAAACCUGGUCCAGUUUGUGCAAACGUUGGACUUGGCAAGAUCUAAGCAGUGUCUAGAGAUCAAAUUCAGUCCUGUCCAACUCCUCCAAAGAUUUCUUAAUGAGGGCGUUUGAUGUUCAAAUGUUGCUGGUAUAUGUACGUAACUCAGAUUGUUUUUAUUGUUAGAAACGUCAAGUGUUAAACAAGGAGCCUUCUUUAAUUUGUUGGGGUCUAUGUUCCUCUUUCCACCAGCUUUGCAAAGCCUUUUUAUUUUAAACUAUAUAUCACCUAGCUCAUUAUGUCAAUCAACACUUUUGUUUUUGAACUGCAGAGUUACAGAACUAAAGGAAAAUGAAUUAAUAAAGGAAAUUUGAAUCUGUUUCAGACUAGAUCAGAUCUCCAGUGCGUUAGUUCUGUUUAUUGGUAGAACAAAAACUCUUAGUGCCAAAUGAACCCUGGACUCACAGGAUAUGAAUCCAGGGUUCAUUCGUUCACAAUCUGAGCACACAUUAAAGAAACUAAACCUGAA